CCUCCAGCAGGGGGCGCUCUCUCCCCGCUCCCCUCCUCUCUAUGGUUCCCCCCCCUCCCAUCUCCUUCCGCUUCCGGCUCGCUCCUUCUCCUCGGGUGCCGCCACCAAGAUGGUGAACGUGCCCAAGACCCGCCGGACCUACUGCAAGAAGUGCGGCAAGCACCAGCCGCACAAGGUCACGCAGUACAAGAAGGGCAAGGACUCGCUGUACGCCCAGGGCAAGAGGCGCUACGAUAGGAAGCAGAGCGGCUAUGGCGGCCAGACGAAGCCCAUCUUCCGCAAGAAGGCCAAGACCACAAAGAAAAUUGUGCUGAGGCUGGAGUGCGUGGAGCCCAACUGCAGGUCCAAGCGGAUGCUGGCGAUUAAGAGGUGCAAGCACUUUGAGCUGGGAGGAGACAAGAAGAGAAAGGGCCAGGUGAUCCAGUUCUAAGCUCCAUCCCCCAGUUUGGACUAUAUUAAAGGAAUUGGAAGAGA